AUGGUUUACACCGGCGCGGGUAUCUCCACGUCGGCGGGCAUUCCGGAUUAUCGGGGACCGAACGGCGUGUGGACGCUGCGCUCUAAGGGCAUUCAAGUCAAAGAGCCGAACUUUCUUCAGGUGUCUCCGACGCUAAGCCACUUUGCGAUCACGGCGAUGGUGCAGGCGGGCGUUGUGCGACACGUGGUGUCGCAGAACAUCGACGGGCUACACCGGCGAUCGGGGCUGCGGUCGCACGAGAUCAGCGAGCUGCACGGCAACUUUUGUCGCGAGGUGUGCGCGCGCUGCGGCGCGGAGUUUUUCCGCGGGUACUCGGUGUGGAAGGGGCUCACGACGGCGCGCGGGUCGACGCAGGAGGACGCGAAUCGCGCGGCGAAGAUCCUGCUGGAGCGCGCGACGGGCGUGGUGGCGGACGGGGGGAGGAGAGAGGGGGAGAAGGGGGAAAAGGGGGAGAAGAGGGAGAAAGGAGAGGGAUCUGCGCGGAAGGAGAGCGCACGGGGAGCUGGAGGUCGUGGGGGAAAGGGGGGAGGGAGUGGUAAUGCUGUGUUGAAGAAGCGGAAAAGGAGUGAAGACGCGGCGAAGCGGAAGGCGAAGAGAGCGCGAAGCGCAAGAGCGAGGAGAUUUGUUGAUAGUGAGUCGGAGAGUAGCGAGGACGAGGAAGAGGAGGAGGAGGAGGAGGAGGAGGAGGAACAAGAGUCAGAGGAAGAAGAGGAAGAGGACGAGGAAGAAGAGGAGGAGGAGGAGGAUGAGGAUGAGGAGGAGUUGCAGUUCGACCAUCGGACGGGGAGGAUGUGUGAAGUGGAAGGGUGUGGAGGGGAGCUAGAGGAUUGCGUCGUGCUGUUCGGAGAGUGCCUUCCCAACGAGCCCCUGAAGUCCGCCAAGCGCCACAGCGACCGCGCGGACGUGGCGCUGGUGAUGGGGUCGAGUCUGCGCGUGGGCCCCGCAUGCAACUUCCCCGCCAGCGUUCCGCGCCACGGCGGCAGGCUCGUGAUCAUCAACCUGCAGCCCACCCCCAUGGACGCGCGCGCGGAGCUGGUGAUUCGAGGUCAAUGCGACAAGGUGAUGCACAUGUUGCUGCUGGAGCUGCGUCUCACGCCCCUCCUGCACUCCCUGCGCCGCACGCACGCCCCACCCCCACCUCAUCCGCAACCCCUAAGCCCCUCCAAGUCCCACCUCAAGCCCGAGACAAAACCACCAGCAGCAGCAGCUGCGGCGGCUUCUUCUCAAUCUCACCCGCUUUCUCCCACUGCACGAUCCGUUGGUAGUGGCAAGGCAACGGGGGGACAGGGAGAAGUGGGAAAGGACGGGAAGAAACGGACGAAGGAGGCGAGUGGGGGUGAUGGGAAGGGCAAAGCCGGAAAGGGCAAGCGGGGCAAGGAGAUAAGUCUUAGCUUGGAGUGGCCGAGUGUGGGGCCUGUUAGUGGUUCAGUGCCCAGGCGUGGGAGAGAGACAGACGGCCGUGCUGGUAGUGGUGGUAAGUCUGCUCCUGCUGGUGGUGGUGCGUGCGUUAGAGGGGCUGACAAGGACGCGUGUUGCGGGGAUGAGCGAAGGAUGGAGGAAGCUUGUAAGGAGGACAAGGGCGUUGGCGGUGUGGAAGGUGAGAGUAGCGUGCAGCCGUGCGGGGAGGAGGAGAAGGAGGCGGAGGAGAUGGAGAAGGAGAAAGUGAAGGAGAAGGAGAAGGAGAAGGAGAAGGAGAAGAAGGAGGAGGAGGAGGAGGAGGAGGAGGAGGAGCAGGAGAAGAAGAAGGAGGAGGAGGAGCAGGAGAAGAAGGAGAAGGAGGAGGAGGAGCAGGAGAAUGAGAAGGAGGAAGAGGAGCAGGAGAAGGAGAAGGAGAAGACCAAGGAGGAAACAGAGGAGGUGGAGGGGGAUAGGGAGAAGGGCAGGAAAAGGGAAUCAGAAGGGGAGUGUGCGAGGACGAGUGUGGAAGUUAAGAGUCGAGACGCGGCUGACCGGGAAUCUAGGCUUGCUGCUGUAGGAGGGACCGUGGAUAUGGAUGUAGCAGCCACGGGGAAGAUAGGCACGAAGGAAAGAGUGACAAGGAAAGGCGCGUUGAAGCGAGGAGCGACGAGCGAAGGAGCGUAG